AUGGUCGAUUUUCGAGGCCCAGCGGCCUCCAUGCCGCACCGCAAACCUGUUCCAGUCCAUCGUCACAGUGCUUCAAAGUUGGCACCGCUGACACAGAUUGUGCCUGACUCUCAACAAACUGCCGCGGGUCGGCAGUCCAUGUCGAGUGCAUCUGGUCGCUCACGCGGUUCGCCGGCUUACUACGCAUCUCAAUCACCAUAUCCGCCACCGCUACAACCGUCGCCGCUCCAACCAGCGACCGCUUCCCAGCAAGGUGCGACGAUGACCUCAACCUACCAAAAUCCUUACGCACCCACGCGACGAACUCUUUCCAACGCGACCGCUUCGACUUCCACAACAGGCAGUUCAGGCGGAGGCCUCAUUCCUGCACGGACCAACUCCUCAGCAUCCGCCUCCCUUCGACGCUCAACCUCGUCUCGUUCCGGCGGCGGUAGCUCCCCCACGGGAUAUGUGGCGCUGAUGCGCAAGCAAAAGGCCACGGUAUGGUGCGACCGCACCCAGCACGAGGAUCCGCGGUUGCUCGCGCAGCAAAAGGCAGCCAAGGUGCGGGCAACCCUUGAAGUGGUGGGAGGCCGUAACGUACCAGGAACCCGUACAUCCACGACGUCGAGCAUGCUGGGCGCUGGUGUUCGCUCGCGAAUCCGGCAUCAUGGCGCGCAGAAGACGGUGGGCUACAGCACAGCAAACCUGGCUGGCGACGGUGUGCCUCUGCGCCUUAGUGCAAGCGAAGUGGGUGAUGAGGAUGCGGACGACAAUAAUCAACCGUCACCUGGCGGUCAACGCCAUCAUCAUCAUCAUCAUCACCAACACCACCACCACCGCUCUAGCAGCGGCCGCAGCUCCUUGGGCUCAAACAGGAGAUAUAGCAGCCUGGGCCUGCAAGCGCCGGCCGUGUCGCCUGGUCGGUUCAGUCAAGGCAGUAGUGGCUCACUACCCGGAACUCGUCUGAGCACCGGUGGGCCUACUCCUACCAGCACUGGACCCGUGGCCGAGUUGGCUGAGACGCCGGCAUCGAAUGGCACCCGCGAGGACUACUUCAAUCGCCCUCGAAGCUCGUUCGCCGGUGGCAGUACAGGCGCGAGCAGCGGUAGCUCGAGUGACUAUACCCCGAACCCACCUGCGCAGAGGAGCGACGGAGCAACAGCGACGUCUGAGGAGCUCAGACGGAGAGGCAGCGUCGAUGAUCGGACCAUGACCCUCAGCGGAGUCCGUCUCUUUGUCGCAAACCCGGAUCUGAGUGAUUGA